AUGGGCGGCAUGGACAUGGGCGGCUCGUCGUCCGGAGGAAUGUCCCACAGCAUGGCCAUGACUUUCCACUCCAACAUGGUGGACGCUCUGUUUUCAGAUCAAUGGACUCCCUCCAACCGAGGCCAGUACGCGGGAACGUGUAUUUUCAUUGUGUUUUUUGCCAUGAUCUAUCGAGGUCUGUUUGUGGUGAAGUUCAAGCUGGACGAGAAGCUCAUCAAGUGUGGCAAGCUCAACAAGCAGGUGGUGGCUCUGAACGACAUCGGCCGAGACCAGCCCUACAAGAGUCUGCGAGAUAUCGAGGAUGAGAUCGAUGAGGAGGAGGAGCAGGAACGACUUCAGAAGCUCGAGCGUCCCGACCAGCCCUCUCCUGCGCCCACAAUGACUACUCGACAAGGUCCUCGUCCCUGGAGACUUUCCGUGGACGUUCCUCGAGCAGCCAUUCAGACGGUGCUCUCCGGCGUGGGUUACUUGCUCAUGCUUAUCACCAUGACCUACAACGUGGGCUACUUUGUGUCGGUUCUCGGCGGCAUCUUCCUCGGAGAGCUGCUGUUUGCCCGUUACGCAAGCUAG